GGCGCCCGGCUGGUUGCUAGCUACCGCCGUCGCCCGCCGCGCCGCUCGGCCGCUUCAUUGUCGCCCCGGGACGGGAGGCCGCGCGGGGUCGGGGCGCGAGGUCGCCGCCCGAAGGCUGGACCCCUCGCGUCCCAGUCCGGCCUGCCCCACGCAGCCCACGCCCGCAGCUCGGGGGUCCGCGCAGAGAGGGGCCCUCGCAGGUGCUGGAUCUUCGCCAAGCGGGGAGGUCCCUCAAGCGGGGGUCCGCUCAGCCGGGGAGUCCCCUCCCACCAGGCCGCUGUCUCCAUGAAAGGCGCCCAGCCUGUGGGCAGCCCCGCAGGGGCCCCGGGGAGCAGCCCAGAAGGUGUGGACCUGACACUGACCGGCUUCCCGCCACCCUUGUCCCGCCGGCCUGGCAGUGCCACAGCCACCAAGCCCCUGACCCGCUCUGUGUCUGCUGUGGCGGGCAGCGGGCCGCGGAGGAGGGCACAGGACCCCGCAGGGCCUGGAGUACCCCCAGCUGUGAACAACCUGCGCCGAUCCAGCAGUGCCACCCAGGUGAACCCACCGCCCGCGAGCCAGGCCUGGACCGACCCCCCCAGGCCGGUGGAGCCCCUGGAUUUCCUGGCACUGUUCGAGGGCAGCCCUGAUGGGCAAAAGCAGACAUGCAGUCUGGGGAAAGUUGCCAGUGAUCAGGGAGCCACGUGGAACAUUCUGGACGAGCAGCCCAGGGCCUCCCCGCCGCCCAUGGACCCCCGGAGCCCCCCCAGUGCCCCUGAGGUCCGUGCUGGCCCAAGGAGGAGGGAGUGUGCGGUGACCCUGGCGCCCAGCUUCACAGCCAACAACAGGAGCAGCAAAGGAGCGGUGGGCAACCGAGUCACAGCCAUGGUGCAUAACCGUCACAGCCCUGCAGAGAAGGCGCCGCCCCCCAAGAGCUCCAACCACACAGCUCUUUCCCUCAACAACAUCCUCAAGGCGGCCUCCCACGAGGUCCAGGAGAGCGGAAGCUUCCAGAAGCUGCAGAAGAAUCUGGCCAGCAGCAACCAGGGGGCCCGGAACAACACCAGGGGGCCCCUGGGCCCCCUCAGGAGGAAGGAGGUGACGGAGGAGGAGGCUGAGAGGUUCAUCAACCGGGUGAACCAGGCGGCUGUCACCAUUCAGCGCUGGUACCGGCAGCAGGCCCAGCGGUGGACGGGAGCAGCCUCCGGGGAGCAAGAGAGGAAGCCGCAGCUCCCAGGAGACGGGAACAUGCUGGACGUGCACCGCCAGAAGGAGGCAGCCAGGAGGAAGGCCAGGGAGGAGAAGGCGCGGCAGGCCAGGCAGGCGGCCAUGCAGGAACUGCAGCAGAAGCGAGCCCUGAGGCAGGGCACCCUGGAGCUGGCCCCCAGGCGGGCACGCCCCCGACUCUCACCAGCCCACAAAGCCAACAACACAGGGGCCGAACCCCACACUGCAGCACAGCAAGAUGCUUGCCAGCCGCCCACGGAAGUGUCCCCACAGCCGCAACUGUUUCCAGAGCCCAGGAAGCAGGACCCCGUCUCCCACGAGGCAGCCGGCGGGGACCGGGAGGCCCCAGAAGCUUCCAGGAGCAGGGCCAAGUCCAGAGCGAUGCUGGACGAACUACUGGACACUCUGAAACUGCUGGAGGAAGAGCCUGAGCCGCUGCCGCCGCCCAGGACCUACCGACAGGACAGAUACGCCUGGAGUGAUGAGGAGGACGGGGCCAGCUCCCUGACUGCUGAUAACCUGGAGAAGCUGGGGACGCUCAGUGCUGGCGCGGGGCCCCCCGAAGCCGGGACGCUGCUGUCGGAGGCCAAGCUGCAGAGCAUACUGAGCUUUCUGGACGAGAUGGAGAAGUCCGGGCAGGACCGGCCCAGCCCCGCCCCGCAGGGGCCCCUACUGGAGGACGGGCCGGGGCGCCCCGUGCCCGAAGCCGGCACAUCCCUGAUGCGGCUGCAGCUGGAGGUGGAGGAGAAGAAGCGGGCCGCGGCGCUGCUGCAGAGGGCACUGGCGCAGCAGCGGGACCUGGCGGAGCGGCGGGUCAAGGAGACGGAGCGGGAGCUGGGCCGGCAGCUGCGGCAGCAGCAGGAGCACUACGAGGCCACCAUCCAGCGGCACCUGUGCUUCAUCGACCAGCUGAUCGAAGAUAAGAAGGUCCUGACUGAGAAGUGUGAGGCGGUGGUGACCGAGCUGAGGUCGGGUGAGCAGCGGCACCGCGAGCAGGAGGCCCGCACGCAGGAGCAGCACCGCCUGGAGGUCAAGAAGCUGAAAGAAGUCAUGAGCGCCACGGAGAAGGUGCGCAGAGAAAAGUGGAUCAAUGAGAAGACGCGCAAGAUCAAGGAGAUCACAGUCCGAGGCCUGGAGCCCGAGAUCCAGAAGCUGAUCGCCAAGCACAAGCAGGAGGUGAAGCGACUCAAGGGGCUGCACGAGGCGGAGCUGGCGCAGGCGGCGGCGCGCGCGGCCGAGCUGUACGGGCGGCAGGCCGAGGAGCUGCGGGCCCGCCUGGAGCGCGAGAAGGAGGCGCUGGGCCAGCAGGAGCGCGAGCGCGCGCAGCAGCGCCUGGAGCAGCACCUGGAGCAGGAGCAGCGGGCCUUGCAGCAGCGGCGGCGGCAGCUCUACAGCGAGGUGGCCGAGGAGAAGGAGAGGCUGGGCCAGCAGGCCGCCAGGCAGCGCGCCGAGCUGGAGGAGCUGCGGCGGCAGCUGGAGGCGAGCAGUGCGGCGGGCGGCCGGGCGCUGCGGGCCGAGUUCGACAAGGAGCGGGAGGCGCAGGAGCAGCGGCACCAGGUGGAGCUGAAGGCCCUGCGGGACCAGCUGGAGCAGGAGAGACAAGUGUGGGAAGCCAGUUGCGCCCGGAAGGAGGAAGCCCGGCUGCUCAGCCGGGAGCGGGAGCUGAAGGAGGAGAUCCGGCGAGGCCGCGACAAGGACAUCGAGCUGGUCAUCCACCGGCUGGAGGCUGACAUGACGCAGGCCCGAGAAGAGGGCGAGCGGGCCACCGAGAGCCGCAUCCAGCGCAUCCGGGACAAGUACCAGACGGAGCUGGCGGAGCUGGAGCGCUCGGAGCGGCAGCUGCAGGAGCGCUGCGCGCAGCUGCGGGGCCGCCUGGGGGAGGCCGAGGGCGAGGGCGUGCGCCUGCGGGGCCUGCUGCAGCAGAAGGAGCGGGAGCUGGCCGACACGCGGGCGGUAAACGAGCAGCUGACCGCGGAGCGCCGAGACCUGGCCCAGGUGCUCCGCCAGGAGUUCGCCGAUCGCCUGGCGGCCUCGGAGGAGGAGACGCGGCAGGUCAGGGCUGAGCUGGCCGUGCUGCGUGCCCAACAGCAGCUGGAGCUGGAGCAGCUGACGCGGGACAAGCAGGCCGAGCUGGAGGCGGUGCACGGGAGGUGGGCGCGGUGGGCGGCAGAGCAGCACCCCCGCAGUGAGGGGUGUGGGGAGCCCGAGGCUAUCUGUGCCAGGCUCAUCCUGCACCCUGAGCCCCCCAGAGGCAGCCGCAUGCAGAGGGUGGGACCUGGGGCGCUGAGCAGCCCCAGCCCGCCCAUGGGCAGUGCAGGGCAAGUGGAGGCGGACUGCGGUCCCACCGCGGGAUGCAGCCGACCUGCUCUCACUGGCCGCCUGACCCCAGAGCCGGUGGGCUUAGGCAGGACGGCUGCCCGCCCUCCUGCCCCUGGGCUGGAGGUCGCCCAGCGGCUCCCUGCCCACUGUGUGCCCCCGCAGGGUGAAAGUGGCGCUGGCCAAGAAGGAGGAGGCCGUGAGCAGCCUUCGGAGGCAGCAUGAGGCGGCGGUGAAACGGGCUGACCACCUGGAGGAGCUCCUGGAACUGCGGCGGCGGCCAGGCCCCAAUGCCCCGUGAGACCGUGCCCAGCCAUGCCCUGCGUGCCCACGCGGCACACUGCCGCAGUAAAGAAUUCUUUUCUGUUCA